AAAAAUCCUUUAUUACUUAUUGGAGAAACUGGAAUAGCAAAAACAUCAAUAGUGCAUCACUUCUUGCAGAAGUUAUCACCAGAUGAUUAUGUUAUAUUGAAUCUAAAUUUUUCUUCACGUACUACUUCCUUGGAUGUGCAACUGGAUAUGACAGCUGCUCUUGAAAAACGUACAAAGAGUACUUAUGGACCUCCUCGUGGCAAGAAUAUGCUCUGUUUCAUUGACGAUCUCAACAAACCACAGGUUGACCAGUAUGGCACUCAGCAACCAUUAGCCAUGCUCAAACACUUAUUUGAACAAGGAGGAUUUUAUGAUUUUGGAAAAGAGAUUAUUUGGAAGAAUAUUAAAGACUCAGGC